AUGUCUACGAAGCCAGGACGUACGAUUUUAGCAUCUUCCGUAUCGAACACAUACGCUGACGAAAUUACCUCUAAGGUUGAGUCCCUGAGAAAGGAAAGACCAAAUGGACCGCUACUAGUCGGGUUUCUGGCCAACAACGACCCAGCCGCCGAAAUGUAUGCAAACUGGACUAGCAAAACCUGCGAGUCAAUGGGGUUCCGCUAUGAACUGAGGCGUGUCGAAGAGAAGGACUUUCUGGAAGAGGCGAUCAUUGAGGCCAACAGAGACAACGCUGUUGACGGUAUAAUGGUGUACUUCCCAGUGUUUGGCAAUGCACAAGACCAGUAUUUGCAGCAAGUGGUUUCCCGCGAAAAGGACGUUGAGGGCCUUAACCACGUCUAUUACCAGAACAUGUACCACAACAUCAGAUAUCUGGACGACGAGCAACAGCUCAAGUCGAUUUUACCUUGUACACCACUUGCGGUAGUCAAGAUAAUGGAAUACCUCAAAAUUUACAACAGUCUUUUACCUCAAGGAAACAGGCUCUAUGGAAAAAAGUGCGUUGUGGUCAACAGAUCGGAAAUCGUGGGAAGACCACUUUCAGCACUGCUAGCGAACGACGGUGCCAUUGUCUAUUCAGUGGACAUCAACAAUAUCCAGAAAUUCACGAGAGGCGAAGGUCUCAAGUUCCAAAAGCAUCAAGUUGAGGACUUAGGCCCAUUUUCAAACGAGAUGUUGAAGGAGUGCUGCGCUGACGCAGACGUUAUAAUCACCGGGGUUCCUUCCGAAUCCUACAAGUUCCCAACUGAGUAUAUCAAAGAGGGUGCUGUUUGCAUAAAUUUCUCUUCACAUAAGAACUUCGACGAAUCUGUGAAAAGCAAAGCCUCGCUUUACGUGCCAAGCACAGGAAAAGUCACCAUUUCAAUGCUCCUUAGAAACAUGCUAAGGCUGGUGGAGAAUAGACAGAAAAUGAACUUGCUGUAA